AUGGCUGCUCGUACCGUCCCAGGCGCGGGCGCAGCCGACAAGCCAGCACCACGCCGCGUCGUACCCGGCGCUGCUCCUCCUGCCCCUUCCAAGUCUGGCAAAAAGCAAAAGGGUGGUGCCGCAAAGGACACUGCUGCUGCUGUCAAGAUUCCCGAUGCUACUUCGGCUGCGCUCAUCGAGAAGGCUCCCGAAGGCCCAAAGCAGGUUGCAAAUGGACUCAAGGUGACCCCUCAAGAUCUCGCAGAGCAGGCAGAAGCCCAGGCUGCUGUCGCUGCUGUCGAUGCUGUUCAAUCUUCGUCCGAGUCUGCCGUCGCCUCUACACCCGCCCAAAAGGUCAUCAGCGAUCGCAUUCACGAGCUGUCCAACAAGAGCAAAAACGCCACCAUCACUGUCGCGGUCGACGAGCUCAAGAGUUUGCUUCGCAAAGUCCAAAAAGUAGAGUCCGAGUCCCCUUCCCCCGCACCAAGCGCUUCCACCGACUCGGAUAGCAAGAGUCACCUCGUCCUACUGCUCCAGUUCCUUCACCUCUUCAACCUCUUCCAUCCCAACCCUGCCGGUCCAUCGACGUUUGCCCCUUCCCGCACCAUGCCUCCCGCGCUCGAAAUGUCGACAGGUCAAGAGGUGGCUGCUCUCGGAAAGGUGUACGACCAGCUUGCCAACGGACCUUUGGAAGGUGGCGGAGGAGACGCUCUCGAGAUCCUUGCCAACAUCGAAGAGGGCUCCAGCGAGGAGGUUCUCCCGGACGUGACCUUUGCCACGCUCAAAUCCAUGAUCCUCAAGCUCACCGCUCCUCCCUCCGCAGCAAACAAGGAAAUCGAGUCGAAGGCCUCGGGUCUCGACGCUCCACCGCAGGACUUUGUGCCCAUCGACAAGCAAUCCCCGAGUUCAGCACCCGUUUCCUUCAUUCAGGCCAGCGAGAUCCUCGAUCAAUCCACAAAGGAGCCCGAAGGAGGUCAGCCUUCGAGUGUGCCCGCUACAGGUGAUACCGAGACGAAGAAGGGAAAGCAGGGUGGAGCUGGGAUCGUGCUUGGCGACAAAGAAGCCACCUCGAGCAAAGCAGACGGAACGGCUGCCUCGGCUGUCGAGGAGCCCAUCAACACGACGGUCAAGAGCUCGAGCGGGCCCACCACAACCGAGCCCAAGCUCAACUGGGCAGCAAUGGCUGAAGAGGACGAUGACGAUCUCGGCGACGCACCCGUGUUUGAGCCUCUCCCUUCCAGCACCACUUCUGCAUUGGUCACCCCUGCUCCAGGGACGCCAACCGCCGUAGAGCCCGAGCAGACAGCCGCCCCCGUCCAGCCCGCAACCGCGACUCCCACAGCCAAAGCUGACGACGCACCGCUGUCACCAAAGCCCAAGAAGGGCAAGCAGAACAACGGCACCAAGAGCAACGCCGGCGGUCGCCAAACCAACGGCAACGGUAACGCCAAAGCUGCGGUACCACCACCGACACCCAAGGGACCCAAGGUGGACGAAGACGGCUUCAUUCUUCAGGAGAGCAAAAAGACAAAGUACUUGCAACAGAAGCAGCAGCAGCAACAAGGGCAACGAGGCGGUAGCGGUGGUGGACGUGGAAGCGGAAAGGGUGCUGCGAGUGGAGGCCGAGGUGGAAAGCAGCCCAACGCCGGAGGCAACCGAGGGGAGAGGAGAAGCGGUGAACCGAGGUCAGGCACAGCUGCUGCCGCGCCGCAAUAG